GCACAAUUGGAUUUUGAGAAGCGUAUGUUCGCAGACAAUUAUUUACCGAAUAUCCAUGAAACACACAGCAAGACGACAGAGACAAGUGACAGCGGAGUAAGAGCACUUGGUGCAAUAUCUGAGGGAGAAAUGAAAGACACAUCUGGUGGCGAACACAGUCUUUACUUAAAAGAUCUCAGCCAGGACGUGAUCAGAAAACUGGAUUUCAAACUGGAUAUGGAUUACACUUCUUGGUGUCAAAUAUGCAAGUCUUUUGGAGUGAGUGAGCGUACUCCAGUGUUACACCCUUGGAAAGAUGAAUUUGAGCACCUUGAAUACUUCGACUUUCGGCCGACGAGAAGUGCAUUUAGCAAAAUUCUCGAUAUGUUUUCGCACGUACCUGUUAAGCUAUUUAAAGAGGUCUUAGAAGCUUUACAGCUAUAUGACCUGAGUGAUGUGCUUGAUGAAGGAAAACCACGAGCCAUAAGAUCACUGCGACCCCUUCUCAGUUUACGGGAAAUAGAGAAAUUAAGGAAUAGUCGUGAUCGUCCCAUAUCUUAUCACAGCAGUGUUGCUGUUCUGAUUAUUGACUUUCCGGAGACUUGCGACACUGAGGGGAUUGAAAAGUUUUUUAAAGGUCUUAACGCUAAGAGCGAGGUAACUGUGAUGCGCUGCAGAAACGAUAUUGAAGCAGCUAAGACAGAAUUUCUCAAAAAGAGUGAGGGUGAACAACGUUUCGAAAGUUCCCCAGUGUCGCUGAAGAAGGCAGGGAAGGACUCCGAGAGUGAGAUGGACACAUUGAGAUCGGAUUUUUCCGAAGUCAUACAGAGAUGGAUAUCCAAUCAAGACAAAUAUUCGUCAGUUGCCGUAUUUUUCAUCUUCAAUGAUUACGUUAAUCAAUUCGACUCAGAAGUAGAACAAUUAAUCUAUCACUGUAAGAAGAGGUUGGUCACCGCAUUCCCCACAAAAGUGAAAUUGACGAUCCAUUCGUUGUCCGGUUGGAACUGUGUGUCGCCGCGGGAAGAGCUUUUUGUUGUGAAUGUUCGUUUUGGUGGUGAAGAUUUUCUACCUUUGAUGCUGGAGACUUUAACCAAACGCUGGCAAACGAUGGACCUGCAUUCAAUGAUGAGAGAGUUCGGAAGGUCUUUGGCAAGAAAUCCUAUUGAGGAAGGCAAUCUUUCUCUAAGAGACUUUAGAAACUUAAGUAUAACGGACAAUUUGUCGUGUCUUGUCAUUGCUGAGGGGGCAAAUGGGCCGACCACGCCCAAGGAAAAGAAAGUUCUGAUUGAAAAUAAGAAACUCGUUAUUCCAGACUUGUAUUUAAAUGCGGGAGGUGUGACAGUGUCCUAUUUUGAGAGGCUGAAGAACAUCAAUCACAUCAGUUUAAGACGUUUGACUCGGAAAUACGAGAAGAAAGCAAAUUUUCAUCUUUUAGGUAGCGUCCAAGAAAGCCUGUAUCAUCAUUUCAAGGAAACCAUUCGUUUAAAAUCAUCGCUUGAGUUCCUUCGAGAGAUCGUUGGCGCGAAUGAAAAAGACAUUGUUCAUUCUGGAUUGGAGUUCACCUUAGAACGAUCAGCUAAGCAAAUUAUGCACUGUGCCAGUGAGUACGACCUAGGUCUAGACAUAAGGACGGCUGCUUAUACUAUGUCCAUGGAAAAAGGAACACGGUUAUCUAGGUGUUGA